UCCCCUUGCUCGAUUUGGUAGCUAGCCUUUCUCUCGGCGGUGGGUCGGAGCCGCUGUCCCUGGCCUCGCAUGUUCCCCUUUAGAUUCCUGUUUUGAAUUUGAUGCCCCUCUUGUAGUUUUGCUUUAUUUACACGCGCCUCUGAAGGACCACAGUCGGGCGUCCGUACUCCAGUGCUUUAGUUGCCCCCUGGUAUUUUUGGCGUUUAGAGACUUUAACCCGAACAUGGCUGUGGUGAGCGGAUCGUCUGGGCCGGUUGCCCGGCUCGAGGGCCGUGAAUUCGAAUACAUGAUGAAAAAGCGCUCUGUGACCAUCGGCCGGAACUCGUCGCAGGGCUCCGUGGACGUGAGCAUGGGCCACUCCAGCUUCAUCUCGCGGAGGCAUCUGGAGAUAUUCACCGACGACAGCACCGGAGAUUUUUACCUGAAAUGUCUGGGUAAAAACGGGGUGUUUGUAGACGGAGUGUUCCUCAGACGGGGCGCCCCUCCUCUGCAGCUACCACGAAUGUGCACGUUCAGGUUCCCCAGCACAAACAUCAAGAUCGCAUUUACGGCCCUGUCCAGCGGGAAGAAAGUGAAGCGAGAGGCGCCCGAGUCCCCCGUGAAGCCAGUGCAGCCCCAGAUCUCCCCGCUGACCAUCAACAUUCCAGAAAACAUUGCUCACCUAAUGAGCCCUCUGCCAUCGCCUACUGGCACCAUUAGUGCUGCUAAUUCCUGCCCCUCCAGCCCUCGGGGUGCGGGCUCCUCAGGCUACAGGAUGGGUGGUCGCAUGGUGAGCUCUGCAGAACUGCAGCUCAUAAACGACAACUCCCAGCCUGAGAACGAUAAAGAGGCCUCUGGAGGGGACAGUCCCAAGGACGACUCCAAACCUCCGUACUCCUAUGCACAGCUGAUAGUCCAGGCCAUAACGCUGGCUCCGGACAAGCAGCUCACACUAAAUGGAAUUUACAAUCACAUCACAAAGAACUAUCCUUACUACAGGACGGCAGAUAAGGGCUGGCAGAACUCGAUCCGUCACAAUCUGUCUCUGAACCGUUAUUUUAUCAAAGUGGCACGGUCGCAGGAGGAGCCCGGCAAAGGUUCAUUCUGGAGGAUAGACCCGUCCUCGGAGGCCAAGCUCAUCGAGCAGGCCUUCAGGAAACGAAGGCCGCGGGGCGUCCCCUGCUUCAGGACCCCACAUGGACCCCUCUCUUCCAGGAGUGCCCCGGCAUCUCCCAAUCACUCAGGGGUGCUCUCUGCGCACUCCAGCGGUGUCCAGACCCCUGACAGCCUUUCCCGAGAGGGCUCCCCAGUUCCCCUGGAGCUGGAGACUUCCUCUGCUCCCACCCCAGUGUCCACCACAGCAGUCCAGCCCAAACUGGCAGUGAUCAAGGAAGCACGCUUUGCACAAAACACACCAGGCUCGCCUGUUAACAACCAGCCGGUACUCAUAGCAGUCCAGCGUCAGUUACCUCAAACCAUCAAGCCAGUGACUUACACCAUGGCCUCCCCAGUGAGCACCAGCACCUCCCAGCCCACUGUCCAGACUGUCCACGUCCUGCAGCAGAUCCCCGCAGGGUCGCUCAGCCCCGCCACUGUCAUCGCCCAGCCAGCCACCAUCAUCAAGAGCGAGACGCAGGAGAAUGGAGAGCACACGGAGGUCAAAGUCAAAGUAGAGACGGUUCCUACCAUCACCUCUAUAGGUCCCUCCAGUCGGAUCAUCCAGAGCUCCCAAGCAGCCACCCCCCUGCAGACUGUUACCAUAGUUCAGCAGGCCCCCAUGGGUCAACACCAGCUGCCUGUUAAGGCCAUCACACAGAAUGGCACCCAUAGCAUCACCACUGCCAUCCAGGGACCCUCCAGCUCAGCCUCAGCUGUGGCAAGCCCCCUCCACUUGCUGGCGGCCCACGCCUCCGCCUCGGCCUCCCUCCCCACCAAGCGGCAGAACGGGGACCAGCCUGCCGAGCAGCCGGAAGCCAAGCGCAGCAAGUCUGAAGAAGAGCCUGCCCCGGCCGGCGCACCAGAUUCAGUCUCGUCGGCAGCUAACGACCAAGGCAGCCAACCCAACUAGUUUGUUUCCACACGCAGCGCGCCGCCACCACCACUCGCUCCCCCUCCUAAUCCACAGUUUCUCUCUCUCUCUCUCGUCCUCGUUGUUAGUUUUGUUUCUCCUCCUCCUACCACAGCCGCCCGAGGUGCCAAACGGAGAAGAUUCUGUUCCUUUUCAUUUUGGAUAAUCUUGUUUUACACCAUCAAAGAUUAACUAAAAAAAAAUUGUCUGCCCCUUUAAAGACUGGAAUGUGGGUUGAGAAGAAAAUAUAGGAACGGGACAAAGGUGAACUUGUAGGUGUCCCACCCCCCUGAGCCCCUGAAACUGGAGAGUGACUGAAGCGAGACCACAGGAAGCCUUAACAACAAUUAACACUUAAGAGCUGACCUUUGACCUCAAGUGAUCCCACUAGGAGAGGCCCUGACUCGGCUCAGGCUGGAUGCUGCCUUUCUGCCGCGUCUACCUCAGAGCGGAUCGGAGACUCCGGCAGCCAACAGAGAACAUCUCUCCCCACUGACCCGUCGGGAAGCGUGACGUGACCAACCAACCAAGCGGCGAGCGCGAUGAGCAUUCAGUGGUUAGAUUUAAAAAAUGAAUUUAAAUUAGACUUUCAGAAAGGGAUCAACUCGGAGCCAAUAUUCCUGAAACUCUGGCAGCUAGCCUCUCAUGAUACUGACCUUCCUUAAUCGCAGCUGUACGUAGAUAUGCAGUAUUUUGUUGUUCAAAAUGUGGAGCGUAGGGUCUUUGUUUUUGUUUUGUUUUUUUAAACUGUGUUUUCACUUACCUAGAAGAGAAAUAAUUUAAAGGAAGCGUACAAAACGGUGAGGUCGGUGACAUUUCGGUAACCAAGAUAGAAAUCUCACUUUCGGUUUUGUUCUUUUUUUGUUUUUUGUUUUUUGUUUUUUUUCUGUUCAGUGAAACAGUAACUUUUUUUCAUGAACUUUAUUUCCCUCGUUCUGACAUAUCCGUAUGAAAUUGCUUCGUUACGCCUACAUAUUUUAAUACGUGCACAGAUAACCGAUAUAAGCAUAUGAAAUCUCCUUGUGUAGUUCCAGAUGUUGACCUUGCAUGUGUCCGACAACAGAUGUUGUUAAAUGUAAAUUGAAGAGGAAAAAAAAAAAGACUGCUUUGUCCCAACCAGACCUGCACUUAAUUGAAUGUUCGUGUUUUAUUUUCCCUUUUGUUUUUUGUUUUCUGUUUCUCCUCACACCUCUUCCUCCUCCUCCUCCUCCUCCUCCUCCUGGUCCUUCUCGGCUGUGUUGACGUUGUGGUGUUGGCUAACCCGCCCAACCCCCCCUUUUGCUUAAUUAACUUUUGCUCUGUUCUGGCGACCCAGCGAGUCUUUUUCCUUUUUAUUUUUUAUUUUUUUUCUUCCUGAUUGUACAUGUUUCAACCAACAGUAAAAGGAAACAAAUGUUUGUUCUGCUUCAGUGGAGAAAUGCUUUUUGGGGUUUUUUUUGAUUUUUUUUUUUUUUUUUAAAUAAAUUAAUUUAACGUCCUUUUUUUUCCCCCCCUUAUCUUUUGCUUCCGUGGUGCAUCUAUAUAGUGUGUGUGGUUCUUUUCCCCUUUCAGUAAAUGGUAAACAGUGUGGUUAUAGUUCCACUCCUCCACCAGGGGGCAGCAUUGGAACAUCUUUAAAUAUGUCAGCUGGUGAGAAAAGCAUGUUUAUCAUGUUCUCUAACAUAUUAGUGCUCAGUUGGUGACCUCAUAAGUCUUGAGCCACCCCUCCUUUUUUGUUGUUUUUAUGUUAAGAAAACGGGGAAAUAGGUUCCAACAUCCAUUGAAAAACAAUAUAAGACAAAAAUCAAGUUGUUCAUUUGACCAAAUUAAUUCUUCACAGCACCACAACUCUUUCAGACAGCUUCCUUGUAAUUUAAGUACUCAUAAGGAAUAGCUCUCCAGGCUUCACUGACAUUCAGCCUCUUUGGAUGUCGGCUGCCUUUUGUUCCGUUCUAAGGAUGAUCCCACACUGCUUCAGUAAUGGAGGUCCAGGCUCUGGAAACCAAUCAAUGACUGAUGGUGUUCUACUAUGCUUUUGUUUUCCUUUUUUCUAUCCAAGUACACUUUCACUGCAUUUUCAGUGGGUUUGGGGUCAUUGGGGCAGCUCUAUUUUUAAGCCUAAAAAUGUGGAUGAAAGUCUGACAGAUCUCUGGGUUCAUAAUUCCAUCAGUUUUGACAAAUCUCCAACACCACUGACUGAAAUAUAGUCCCAAACCAUGACAGAGCCUCCAUGUUUUACAGACAGCUGUCAGGAGAGCUAGAACAAACACUGACUUUUGCACCUCUCCUGACUUCAUCAUCUCUCUAGACCUAUUAAUUCUUCUUCAGUCUUCCACUUGUCCCGUUUCCUCAAUUUUCUAUCUUUAAGGACGUGCUAUACACAGAUGUCGGAGUAUGCUGUUUGCUGUGGACUUCAGAAAUCACCUUGUUGGUGAAAAUACUAUUUUUAUGUCUAUCAAACCCAAAAGGUUUGGGGGGGAUGUUGACUUUUGUCUCAAUCCCUUAGUCCUUGAAUAAUUCAUAGUUUACUGUUAAGUGGCUUAACAGGACAACUCCUGAAAAUGAUCAGGUACAAGGACUGGACUGAAGAUGAGUGAAAAGUAGCCAAAUCUUUGAAAGACCUUCAGAAAGCCUGAAGAACAAUUACGGAAGACCACUCAAAACAAAAAAAUUAAAAGAAAUUAGACGUUAGACUUCAUUCGAAAACUGUUCCUUGGAAGCAAAAUCUACAGAAACGAAAAAAUCCAUCAGAAAACGUUGGUUCAGGUUACUUUAUUUGGGGGUAUUUGGUUUACAGUAUGUGUCUGAGCCAUCCUCACAUGCACAUUUUCCAAAGGAACAAACCGGUAAGGUUAGUAUAACAGUGGAAAACCAAAUUAUGCACACAACAUCAUAUUAGAAAAGCUUUUACGUCACCAGAACUCUCUUAUAAAGCAGUCUUCUGCACUCUAGGACUGAAAUCCUCUGGAAGGAAACAACUGACACUUGUGCCAAAAAAGUGUUCAGGUAACCGCGGCCCAGCCACUGGUGUUUUUGCCUCUUGUACAGAGAUGUUGGGUCAGGCUGUGGCACACCAAUCAAACCCUGAUAAGAAACAGAAACCACAAAACUGAAUGCACCGUGACACUAAAUGAGGUUCUGAAGGGCACUGUAUUACAGAGAGCUAAUAAUAUGAAGUCGGUCAGAAAUUAGCAUGCAACCUUAACCUUAUCAAAAAGUAUUUGAUAAGGUUAAAGUUAUUUAAACCACUCCAACUUUAAUUAUACAGUUCCCAGUCUGGACAGUGGUAUCCUUAAAAUGCUUCAAUAAUUAAAGACCAAGAUGGUUCUUUCAGCAAACACAUGGCAACAGUGGAGAGGAAGAACGUCCUGAACAGAACUAUUCUCAGAGAAAGACUGCCAACUACUGAAGACUGAAGGGAUAACUCCAACCAGGAUUUAAAAUCUGGGACUCUUCACCGUUUGGUCUUAGAACUGAAGAAGCUUCUCAGAUGAAACGUCUUCAAGAAACUUAAAGAUGUCCAGUCGCUUUUUUUUCCAAGCUCCUUAAAAUACUGAAAACGGAAGAUAAAAGUUACUGGCAUGCACUCUGGACAAGGAGAAUAACUAAAGGAUGGUUCAGUGUAACCUGAACUCUAAGCUUUAAUCAUGAAGGAAAGUUGGAGAUGAACCAGGAAGUCCAAAGAAAAGUAUUUUUGUUGUAGGAUGGUGGAUGCUGUAGCCUUUUCCAAGAUAUAGGAGCCCGGAUGGUAAAAAGAUCAACAAAAGGGCAGGAGGGGGGGGAGAUUAAAUCAUGUUGCACAACCAAACAAAAAAUUUGUGACAAUAUUUUGUCUAAGUUUCUGUUGCCAAGGAUAAAAAUUUAUAACAUAAUUUAGUGCAGCUGAGUCAACCUUUGGGUUAGUUUGUUUCCAAACGAUAUUAAAAACUAGGGACUCCGUACACCUGAUGUACAAUACGUGACGUUUCCAAGAACAAAGACCACAUUUGAGCCAUCGCACACAUACUGUAGGUGUUUUAGGUGAAACCGAAUCACAGACCGAGGAAUAAAAAUUCCUGGUUUAUUAGACUAAGAAGCAGCAGAGCUUAUAAAACAUCUGCUCGCUGAUGGUUUGUUUCUGUGUCGAUGUUGUUCUGACGCCCAGGCAGCGGUGAAACAAUUAUCCUGUCUGCGCCCUGCAGAGUUCCCACAUUCCUCCUUUGUGAUGAGGAGCUAAAUUAAGCCGCUUUGUCGAAGGUGUUUCCUCACUUGGGCUGCCUUGUACUGUCUGGUGUAGACAAUGCUGUGCAAAAACACUUUGUAUCCUCCUCCACGGUGCCCAAACUAAACUUAACUGUAUUAGAGAGAAAUUGGGUUUCUAGCAAGACACUGAUGCAAAUAUUUGACCACAGUCACUCUGGGAUUACAUCAAAAUAAAGACGGGUUUCUGAACAGGAUAUAUGCACUUUUAAAGACACAAAAACACUGAACAAAGUUGAACACUUGAGGCUGGUUCCUAAAUCAAGUCAAUCCCCACAAUGUGGUUUUGCUGUCAUGUGACUGAUAACCAUCUAAGAUUAAACAAAUAAUCAAUUUUAGAGGUUUGACAAUCGAAGUGAUGAUGUAGGGUCUGGUGAAUAAAACCCUACAGACGCAGACGUAGAGACCAGUCGGUGACAGCACUAUCAGCCCUACUGGCUGGCAUUUGGUUCCUCGAGGUUGCUGCCUGUCAUUCUCAAACAGGAUCAAACACCAAAAGCAUCCAUACGACUGUUUUGGUCGUAGCAGAUUGCCAGAUUCAGAUUCAUCAACAUAAUACAGUUGGUGGUUAUAUCAUGUCAGAUAUGGCAGACAGCUCUCAAGCAAUAGGUGCAUAACAUCAUAUGAGAAGUUUUGAGCUUAUUAUCAGCUCAUGUUAUGAUUUUUCAAUAGCAGAUUUGUUCAGGGGAAGUUAUUGGUAGAAAAAUCCUAUCUGAAUGCAAAUGCUAGUUGGGUGUUUCAUCAGCUAAUAUAAGCAUACUAUCUUAUGGGCAGAACUACUCCUUUUAGCCAAUAAAUCAGUCAUAGCCAACACAUAGUCAAAUCUGUUGCUCAAUCCACAAAUGCAUUUUCCUCACAGUUACAGCUACAGUUGCCUGAAUCGUCACAUCUGUCAAUUGAAGCAGCCUAACUUUACACCUUACCAGCAUUCAAAAGGAUACACUCACACACUCUGCAACUCAUAGAAGCCAAAACGUUUUUUAUACAAGACUGUAAACAUGUUUUGGACCCUCAACAACAGUUUAGGUCUCUUUGCGUUAGCUUUGGUUUUAGCUCAGGAUAUUGCUGUUUGGCAUAAGCGCUUCUCUCUUAGGAUGUGUGACAUAGUGUACAUGCAACAGUGCAACACGAGAGUGCAGGACAGACUGACUGCAGGUCACUGUGUGUGUCAUCAGUUAUGUGGAGGUUGUAUUUUUUAAAUUUUUAAUGUCCUUUUUUAUGACUCGCUGGCUCUCUUUCAUAAAUUUAUAAGAAUUUAACGAUUCAGAUUCCAGGAAGCGGUUCUCUAUUCCCAUUCCUGCUCUUUCACAGUGUCUUUUGUCGUGUCUCCCUCCCCUCAACCCGAACCGGUUGCAGAUGGCCGGCCCUCCUUGAGCCUGGCUCCGCAGGAGGUUUCUUCCUGUUAAAAGGGAGUUUUUUGUUCCCACUGUCGACCAUGCUUGCUCAUAAGUGAGUCAUCUGAUUGUUGG